AUGAAUCUGCUCUCUAUUAAUAUUAGGGGUUUCGGGGUGGAGAAAAAAGCCAGUUGGAUCAAGGAUAUUAAAGUCAGAGAAAAGGUUUCUUUUUUGGCGUUCCAGGAAACUAUCAGAUCGGACAUCUCGGAUGCUGACAUUGAGCGGUUUUGGGGUCGUUCGGUUUGGGCGAAGGAGGCUGUGAACCCUUCUGGCAGGUCUGGGGGGCUCCUCUGCGUUUGGGACCCAGGUAUGUUCUGUCUCAAUUCGGUGUCAAAAGACUCUAACUUUCUUUUGCUUUCUGGGAGUGUGAAAGGGUGUGUGGAGGAGGUGAAUAUUCUCAAUGUGUAUGCGCCCCAGAAAUUGGUCGAAAAACGAGCUUUGUGGUCUCGUAUUUUAGCUGCGAAAGCGGGUAAGGAAGGGUUGUGGAUCUUGGCUGGGGAUUUUAAUGUUGUUCGUAGUGCGGAGGAGCGUAAUAAUUCUUGUUUCAAAGCUCAGUGUGCGAGGGAUUUUAACCAAUUUAUAUAUGAAGCUGAAUUGUGUGAUUAUGAUUUAAAAGGCAGCAGAUUUAUCUAUAUGGUGGAUGGUGAGAACGGGAAGAAGUUCAGCAAAAUAGACCGAGUUUUGAGCUCUUCCGAGGUUGCAUUCAGAUCACAACCCUCUUCUCUUGGUGGUCAAGGAUUUGAACUUUGCGCGGAGGGUCCUCCGGAUCUGUGUUUUACUCUUAAGUUGAGAUACCUUCGUCAAAAAAUCAAGGAAUGGAGAGACGGUCUUAGAGGUAGGGAAGGUGAGGAGGAGGAAAAAGUGAAAUCUGAGUUAGAAAAGCUGGAUGAGGAAAUGGAAUAUAGGGAUCUCACGGAGGAGGAAGAAUGGGUCCGGUUGGAAUGUAAGAAAAAGUUACUUGAGACGGAAAGCAUAAAGGCAAAGGAUUUGAGAAAGAGAUCCAGAGAGGAUUUUUUGGUUAGGCCCGAGUUAGUUUGCUCCUUUGACAAGAAGUUGUCAGAGGAGGAUGCCACCUUCCUGUCUAAGGAAUUCUCGAAGGAAGAAAUUAAACAGGCGUGUUUCGAUUGUGGUAGCGAACGGGCCCCUGGUCCGGACGGGUUCAAUAUGAAGUUCUUUAAAAGGUUUUGGGAUCGGUUUAAAGAGGAUUUCGUUAAUAUUUUUAAGCAGUUUUUUGUGUCGGGCUCUUUCUCGAGGGCUAAUAAGCUCAAAACGGUUAUCGGGUCGGUCAUUAAAAACCAAUCGGCUUUCCUCAAAGAUAGACUCAUUUUGGACGGCCCCCUUAUCAUUAAUGAAGUUUUGGCGUGGGCUAGGGAGAAUGGUACUGAGUUAUUCUUAUUUAAAAUUGAUUUUGCCAAGGCUUAUGACAACGUCAAUUGGAAUUUCCUCUCGUCGAUCAUGAAUCAGCUCGGAUUUCCCCCGAAAUGGUGUCUUUGGAUUCAUGGCAUCCUCUCUUUGGCCCGCUCCUCGGUGCUCGUUAACGGGUCGCCUACCUUCGAGUUCCCGUGCCAGAAAGGUAUGCGUCAGGGCGAUCCGAUUUCACCGUUUCUCUUCUUAUUAGUUAUGGAGGCUUUCUCCAGUGUGAUUAAGAAAGCUUGUAGGGUUGGGGCGUUUAGGGGUAUCCAGCUUCCAAAAGAGGGGUCGGUGCUUUCCCACCUCCUUUACACGAACGAUUCUGUGCUCAUUGGUGAAUGGGCUAGGAAUAAUAUUAAAAAGGUGGCGUUGUUGUUAAGAUGUUUUUAUAUGUGUUCCGGUCUGAAGAUUAACAUGAAUAAAUCCAGUCUUUUUGGUGUGGGAGUGGGUGUUUCGGAAGUCGAAGACAUGGCUGCGGUUUUGAGUUGUUCGGUGGGCAAUCUUUCUUUCUUUCAUCUUGGUAUUUUAGUGGGCGCUGACGAGGUAUGA